UUGCCAACCAGUUCUUCGUGCGCUACCUGACUGUAUUUCUCACCACCGUGCUUCAAUCGACGUUCAACAAAGACACAUUUCCGUCCCCCAUCAGAGCCACUUCCCUGUAGGCACCUCACUUCUUCAAGGCACCUCAGGAAUCCGAGCGCACCCUUUCCGAGAGCCUAAUAUCAGCCGCCGACACCGAGAUACUACUCGAGAACGAUGUCUGCGCAAUCAUUCACAGUGAACGAGCGGGUGCUCUGCUACCAUGGACCUCUCAUCUACGAAGCCAAGAUCCUCAAAGCGGAGACGUGGGACGAGAGGAACACCCAAUCCGGCGUCGUGGGGCCGCAUUAUUAUGUGCACUACAAGGGUUGGAAGCAGACAUGGGACGAGUGGGUAGACGGGUCGCGCCUCCUGAAGUUCAACGAGACAAACAUCCAGCUGCAAAAGGCCCUACAGUCCCAGUCUCAGGCUGCGCAGGCCGCAAGCGCGAGCUCGAGCAAGGCGAAGAGCCUCGCUACGAAGGAGGGAGCGGGCGCGGGUGGCAGGGCGGGCGGGGCUGGCGGCCGGAAGGACGGCGCGAGGGGGACUAAGAGGGGUAGAGAGGAGGACGAGGGGACCAGGAAGCCCGAGAUGAAGUUGAACGUGCCGGAGCAGUUGAAGGUGCUGCUUGUGGAUGACUGGGAGGCCGUGACGAAGAAUAACCAGCUGGUCGGUCUUCCGAGGAAACCCAAUGUGCUCGAGCUCUUGGAAGAGUUCAAACAACACGUCCUCUCUCAGGGCACUUCAGCACAGCUGAAGGACCCGAAGGUGUUACUCCCGACAAUCAUCGCAGGGCUACAGACGUAUUUCGACCGAGCACUCGGCGCGAAUCUGCUCUACAGGUUCGAGCGACCACAGUAUGCGGAGAUUCGGAAGAAGUACGUGACUGGCCCAACGGUGCAGAUUGGCCAGGAGAAAGAGAUGAGCGCCAUCUACGGUGCAGAACACUUUCUGCGAAUGCUCGUGAGUCUGCCGCAGAUGGUGGCGAGCUCGUCUAUGGACGGGGAAUCAGUGGCGUUGUUGAGAGACUAUGUCAACGAGUUACUGCAAUGGAUGGUCAAGGAGAGGCAUCGGAUCUUCGUGCCUGAAUACGAGAGUGCCAGCAUCGCGUACCAAAACAUUUCGCGGUCAUGACGGCGCCGUGCAUGAUUGUAUGCGUGUUGUUCUUGUUGCCAUGUACGAUAUGCUGUCGACUGUUUCUGAUAUUUCCUUCUGUGUGUCACGGGGGCUAUGCCGUACUCGUGCUGAAAGCAGAUGCAGC